UUUGCAUAAUUAAAUAACGAUUAAACGCUUUAUUACUCAGUCUAUGAAUGCACGCUGUUGUGUCUUGAAGAAAAUAUCAAAUAUUUCAUCCAUUUCCACAACCUCAACAAAAGAAACGUUUACUUAUGUGUUUAAAUUGAAAAAUUAAAUUAAAGAAAUACGGGUAGAUAUAAAAAAGCGAGCCAUAGUGACAUUGUAUGUCGUGUUCUUACCUUAUGUCUGUGUGUAUCAUUAGUGCCUGUAGCAAAGUUUCUAAGCCAGAACUCUGUUUUUGAUAAUAACAGUUUAUGGAAAUAUAACAAGUGUAGUUAUAAGUGGAAAUUACCAAUGCGUAUAUAUUAUUCAGUAAUUGGCUGCCCCAAUUAAUUUUAUCACAGCAUAUCGAUCGCUAAAGGCCUAAAUAAUAUGGGCCCAGAUAAUUGUAUCGCAAAAUGCGUUUGAAAAAGACGUUGUUAUUGUUCGAAAAUGAUUUCCAAAUACGUACACGCAAUAAUGAUGAAGACAUUCCUUUGUUACGGGACGAGGAAAUCGAUGGUGAUGACCGGCCUCAGACGCCGUCAAGUCAGCAAUUUAACGUGAUAAGACGUGUCUACCACCAGGAUGUACUUAAUAAGGAUGCUGACUAUCAUUUGCCUGACAAACCUCUGAGCUAUACGGCCAAAAAAGCGGUCCAGAGUUGCGGUUUUGGAGACUGUCUAUUGAAUUCGUUGCCGAUCAUAAAAUGGCUGCCUGCUUACAAACCGAAGACAGAUCUGAUUGGCGAUUUGGUCGCCGGCGCAACCACAGCUGUUAUGCACAUACCACAAGGAAUGGCGUAUGCGCUGUUAGCCCAAGUGCCACCAAUCAUAGGGCUUUACAUGGCAUUCUUUCCCGUUCUUGUAUAUGUUGUGUUUGGAACUUCGCCCCAUGUGUCGAUGGGAACGUUUGCUGUAGCCUGCUUAAUGGCUGGAAAGGUUGUAAACGAGCACGCGGCACAUGAACUACCAAUAAAUGGGACCGAUAUUGCUGAAGCAACGUUACAAAUGACAUCGCAGUACUCGAAUGUACAGGUGCUUAGUACACUCACAUUCGCUGUUGGAAUAAUACAAGUAAUGAUGUGGGUACUACGCCUUGGAGCGGUGUCAACGUUACUCUCAGAGCCUCUGGUCUCUGGAUUUACCACAGCUGCAUCCUUACACGUGUUAGCUUCACAAGUCAAGGACCUCUUCGGGAUAAGACUGCCUAAACUAGGAAGCAACUAUAAAGUCGUCUUUACUGUCAUAGAAGUUUUCAAAAACAUGUCGAAUUUGAAUUGGGCAGCGCUUAUAAUCUCGUUCAUUACAUGUCUCGUCAUAUCGCUCAAUAAUGAAGUACUUAAGCCGUGGGUCAGCAAGCGAAGCAGGAUACCGGUGCCUAUAGAGUUAAUGGCGAUAGUUAUAGGCACUCUAGUGUCUAAAUUCGUUGACCUUAAAACUAACUACGGUCUUUCACUAGUUGGUACUAUACCUACUGGUCUCCCAGUACCAGAAGUACCACCAAUGCACCUCCUCCCAGAUAUAGCUUUAGACGCGUUCACCAUAACAAUGGUCACUUACACGAUAUCCAUGUCUAUGUCACUGAUAUUCGCAGCCAAGGAGAAAUAUGAAGUUGAUGCUAAUCAGGAACUAUUAGCGCUGGGAGCGAGUAACAUGUUCGGGGCGUUCUUUACGUGCGCUCCGAUGUGUGCCAGUUUGUCACGGUCAUACAUACAGUAUCAGGCGGGUGGUAAGACUGGUAUAACGUCAAUGGUGAGUGGGGCGUUAAUUCUGUGCGUACUUCUAUGGGUUGGGCCUUUCUUCGAGCUGCUGCCACGCUGCGUCCUGGCUUCCAUCAUCGCUGUCUCGCUCAAAGGCAUGUUCAUGCAAGUCGCAGAACUCGCCAAAUUCUGGCGGCUGAGUAAACUAGACGCAUUAGUGUGGCUUGCUACCUUUUUGACUACUGUCCUCAUUGACAUUGAUAUUGGGCUCGGUGCGGGUCUUCUAGCCGCAGUGGGAGCUCUGUUCGUGCGAUCUCAGCGACCGUAUACCUGCUUAUUAGGAAGAGUUCUUGAUACAGACCUCUACCUCGAUAUCAAACGGUACCGUGCGGCGGAAGAACUUCCCGGGGUAAAAAUAUUCCACUACUGUGGUGGACUCAACUUUGCCAGUAAGAACCUCUUUAGAGAGACACUGUUCAGGAAAAUUGGCUACUUGAAGGGGACAGACGAAGACAAUCUCACUAACAAGAGUGAGUCGUACGAGUGGGAUUCUACUCUUGGCAGAAAGAUAAAUUGUGUAAUAAUAGACGCGACAGCACUAUCUUAUGUUGACGCGCCGGGGAUCAAAAGCCUUCUCUCGGCUCAGCAAGAACUCGUCAGCAGUCACAUCACCGUACUCUUGGCUGGCGCUAACGGUCCCGUCUUAGAAAUGAUAGAGAAGUACAAUUCUUUGGAAUCAGAGCAAUUGCAAGUGGAAACUUUCCCGACGGUACACGACGCCGUUGUCUACUACAAGAUGUUAGAGAUCAAGAAGGAACCCACCAUCACCAUUGCCACGUGAUUACAAUAUUUUUCGGUCAUUAACGACUUAUUUUGUAAUAGUAUUUUUUAUCACUAUUUUUUUUUAACUUUCCAUCACUAAUAUUGAAAUCGGACUUAUUUCCGCUUAUUUUGGGAUAAAUGUUAUUUUAUUCCAAUAGUUAGUAACAUUUUAUCACAAAAUCUUUUUACAAAUGGUUUAUCAAGUAUACAUUUAGUGCCGUUCUAAUACGGCUAAUACAGGUUAGUAAAAAAAAACUUGCAAUUAUUUAAAUUAUACAUACCAGAAAUUCCCGACUAUAAUAGUUAAAUAGGUAUUUUUAUAGGGUACUUUCCCUUGGUGUCCCAUAGUCUUAGGACGCCCUGUAUACUCUGGAUAAAAAAGUCUUCUUUUCGUGCGUCACGUCACACAAGGUGUACGCUGCCAUAUACGAGUAUUUUAGAUUUUAACAAAUAUUUAUUAUUCUGCUUAUUUGCUAUGGUUGACAUAUGCAAUUAUUGUUAAUUUUCGUGUGUUAUUAUCGGAUAGACAGAGUUGAUCACUUUAUUCCUAUCUAGUAAAAUUAUCAUUGAAACUGAUCUAGUUGUGACCUUAGGCACAUGUUCGAUUUUUUUUAAUUCGCUGAGCAUUUAUAUAAAUCAUAGCCCUGACAUAUAUAAUAUUCACCAACAGUUUGGUUGGAACGGAUUUAUUCCAAUGUAAGUCUAGACCACUGAUUCCUAAGGUGGGGCCGACGCCCCAAAGGGGGCAUAUUGAAUAACAAUUUCCUAGUAAUAACCUAUAAUUUAAGUGUCAACGAUUAAAUUUUUAAUAUUAAAAUUAUGUGUUUACAUACCGGUUGUCAUAAUUGUAGAACACUAGUCUCGAAUUAUUUUGGUAUUAAAGUUAGCAUCAAUGAAUGUUUAAGAUCGAAGGAAAACGUCAAAAUAAAACAACGAAUAUAGAGUGCUAUGAAUUAUUAUAAGUUGAACGUUAAUAUUUAUUACAGCUUAUCGGUUAAGAUACACAAGAGUGCGUCAGGGAAAUUUAAAAUUGUCCUAUUUUUUAAAUAAAAAAUAAUUUCUACCGGUUUGGUAGAAUUUAUCUAUCACUAAGUGAUGUCUCUGAUAUUUUCAAAAACGACGGAAAUAUAGACACACUUAGCCAUUCCAUCUUUGAAUAUUAUAUUUAUAAACUUUAUUAGAUUUUUAUUAUUAAUUAAUUUUGAAAAUGGAAGAGGUAUACGUUUGAGGCUUUUGAAUAAGUGAGUCCUCAAUUUGCUCCGGAAAGCACUGAUAAAGUCCAAGCGUUGAUGACAAUGCGACUGUUUAGUGUUUCUAUAAAUUAUUUGUAUUACCCUGACGUACCCUUAAAAUAUAAAUAUGUAUAAACUUAUUAAUUAGAUUAUUGACAUAUUUAAUUUACAAAUUGGCUGUCUCUUAAAAAAAUUAUACUUAAGCUGCCAGUACGUAAUCAUGUUAAAAUAUAUAUCUUAGAUUUAGAGUCGCGACCUAAAGUGUAACUCGUGUUUGUCAAAUUCUAACCCAUUUUUGACAUACAGGAGUCAUACCUACCGCUAAGUCUGAACUCUGAAUUUCCCUUAUUGUUUGUAAAAAUCUAUUGAAAUAUAGUAAAUUAUGUUGUACCUUUAAUAUCUAAUAGAUAGAGAUGUUGAUACAGUUUCGUCCCCAGUGGGACAAUGGCUAGAACUAUUUUAAAGUACAAGAUUUAUAGAGGUUUACAGUUAAUUCAGAUCACGGUGGCCAUAAUUUUGGCUUAUUUUAUAAAAUCGAAUAAGACAAUUGAUAAGUCCAAAGAAAGAAGUAUUGCACUAAAUAAAUGAAAGAUUUACUAAACCUAGAGAGAUAAUAAAAUUAGCGAAUAUUUGUUUUCUUUUUAUCGUUCAAACGGUCGUUUAAACCACAUAUAUUUUUAAAAAAACAAUAAUAGGGUGCUUAGGGAGUAGCGGCCUCGAAUAAGCUCUAUUCAGCUGUUUUGGACUAAACUUAGAUUAGAAAAUACUUAAUUGCCAAGACUGCCUUCGUAUGGUAAAAUCCAAAGUUUCAUACUUGUUUUUCACGACAUAAAGUAAAUACUUUCUAAUGGUACCAGAGUUAUAUCUAUAGAAAUGCGUAAACAUGCAUUAUUAUAUUAUUAAAUUCACAAAUCAUAAAUUACUCAGUCGAAGUGAGGUACAAGUUCGCUCUAAAGCUAGACUUACGGUUAGUAACUAAAUAAAUGUACGCGAACUUUUUACUAAUUACCAGUGUUACAUUUUUGUGAUAUAGAGAUCCAGACACAUGAUAACCAAGUUCAAGAAAACGCAGAGCCAUACGAAACAUAAUUUAAAAGAUAUUUAUUAUGAUCGGAGAUUUUCCUACUUAAAUGUAAUCUGGUUAAAAUAUUAUGACGGUUUUCCGAGCUUGUGACAGCUGUAAUUAUUUUCAUAACAGAAGUUAAAAUCGAAAAUUAAAAUAAUUGUAUUUUAUAAAAUGCGUUUGCAUCCCCUGUACCUGUAAAAAACUGCUUAGUUACUGGGUCCGAGCCAUAUUUCAGAGUAGGUCGGGAAACGCUUUCGCAUUGUACUGAGCCAUAAUGUACGAGAACGAUCUGGUAUACGCUAAGUUUUAAGAACAACGUACAAAGACCAUUCCAACGUUGUCAAACUUGAUUGAAAUAAAAAUAACAAAGCUAACAAACAAAGCUAAAAGCGAACAUUAUAAGCUAAUUUCAUACUGAGUGUUUCUUUGUUCCAUCUUGAUAGCUUGAUAGCGAAAAUUGUUCUUCAUGUAUUAAGCAACACUCAUCUGAAGUUAGCAAAAUUUAUUUUUAUUAAUAUUGUACAUAGUGUUAAUAAAUUAUAUAUGAAACUAUGAACAAAUGAUGAACUAUUUUUGUAUUUUAUAACUAACACUGUUUGCAAUUGUGAUUUCGUCUAAAAUACUAAUGUGAAAUGUUAUUUAGGGUGAGCGCACAAGUGAAUGGAAUACAUACAUGUAUUUAACAAUUUAAGACUGUGCGCUGAUUCUAAUCAUUUUGAUAAUGAUCUUUUCUUCAAAUCAGAUUUUCCGCGGGGUUUUUUUUAAAUGUUUUAGAUCUAAAAAUCUCGAGGACUAUCUUCCUUCGCGUUACUUAAAUUAUUUACUUAAGUGUAACGUACUAUUGUGAUAUUUGUACCUAAGAUGUGUAUUUUUACUUAUGUUAAUAAAUAGUUAUUUUGUGUACAUUUUUU